GCGAAACAACAACCGCCACCAGCGAUCAAGCGACAAUUCGAGGGCAUCAAACACAGGCCGAUACCUACCAUCCAUGUAUCGCCCAAGACCCGUCCUCAAAGAGAAUGCCACGAGCACGCCGGCGAAGCUCCAACCCGGCACUCCCGGGAGCUCCAUCGACCGGCUUUCGAGACCCUUCAAAUGCCCCGGAUCGGCCACCCCUACACGCACAUCAGACAAGCCCGCGAGGAAGAGACGGAAAGUGAACUACGCAGGGGCCGACGGAGAAGGCAAUGAUGAGGGUGAAAAGCCGUACACAAACGAGGACCGUCUCGCGCUCGCCACCCGGGACGUGAAUAGGUUUCCUGUCUUCAAACCGAAGGACAAGGACACCGCCUUUCGACAGAGAUUCAAGGUGCCGCUUAUCAACAAGCAAGUCGACAAUUUUGGUGCCCGACCAGCCCCGACGCUGGGGAUGAGGCAAGGCGCGACGUUCGUCGUGAAACCGUUGCAUGACCCAAGUGGCGAGUUUGCGAUAGUGCUCUACGACCCGACUGUUGAUGAGGUGGAAGAAGCAGAACCCAAGGAAGAACCGCAAGGCGAUGCAGAGGGCGAGAAGCCUCAACUGGACGAACCGCUGGUACAUAAGAGCUUGGCAGAUAUUCUUGGACUCAAGAAGAAGGUCGAAGACAGGCCUAAGGUCCCCGUUGUCAUCGAUCCACGAUUGGCGAAGGUUUUACGGCCGCAUCAGGUAGAAGGUGUUAAGUUCCUUUAUCGUUGUACAACCGGAAUGGUAGACAAGAACGCGAAUGGGUGCAUUAUGGCUGAUGGCAUGGGCUUGGGUAAAACGCUUCAAUGCAUCUCGUUGAUGUGGACAUUGCUCAAGCAAUCCCCGGAGGCUGGAAAGACUACUAUUCAGAAGUGCAUCAUCGCGUGCCCAUCCAGUUUGGUUGGAAACUGGGCCAAUGAGCUUGGCAAAUGGCUUGGCAAGGAUGCAACAACUCCAUUUGCAGUCGACGGCAAGGCCUCAAAAACGGAGCUCAUUGCUCAAAUGAAACAAUGGGCCAUCGCUUCCGGACGAUCGGUCGUGAGGCCGUGUCUGAUCAUUUCUUACGAAACCCUCCGCUUGUAUGUUGAUACACUGAAGGAUACCCCGAUUGGGUUACUACUAUGCGACGAAGGCCACCGACUGAAAAACAAGGAGAGUUUGACCUGGACUGCACUCAACAGCUUGAAUGUACAACGCCGGGUGAUCUUGUCUGGUACUCCAAUUCAGAAUGAUCUGUCAGAGUACUUUUCACUUCUCCAUUUCGCGAAUCCGAACCUGCUGGGCUCGCAGAACGACUUCAGAAAGAGGUUCGAGUUGCCAAUUCUUCGAGGAAGAGAUGCCGCAGGCUCAGAAGAAGAUCGAAAGAAAGGAGAUGAACGGCUGGCUGAGCUUUCAGGCAUUGUGAACAAAUUCAUCAUUCGCCGAACGAACGAGCUGCUGUCUAAGUACUUACCGGUCAAGUACGAGCAUGUCGUAUUCUGCAACAUGUCCCAAUUCCAACUCGACCUCUACAAUCACUUCAUUCAAAGUCCAGAGAUCAAGAGCUUACUCAGGGGUAAAGGGAGUCAGCCGUUGAAAGCUAUUGGGCUCUUGAAGAAGCUUUGCAACCAUCCUGAUCUCCUCAACCUAUCCACAGACCUUCCAGGCUGUGAACACGCAUUUCCGGAUGACUAUGUUCCUCCCGAAGGACGAGGACGCGAUAGGGAUAUCAAGUCCUGGUACUCCGGCAAGAUGAUGGUCUUGGACCGUAUGCUGGCACGUAUUCGCCAGGACACGAACGACAAGAUCGUUUUAAUUAGCAAUUAUACGCAGACAUUGGAUCUUUUCGAAAAGCUUUGCCGGUCACGGGGAUAUGGCUCCCUGCGAUUGGACGGUACCAUGACCGUGAACAAACGACAAAAGCUCGUCGACAAGUUCAAUAACCCCGAUGGAGAAGAGUUUGUGUUCCUUCUCAGCAGCAAAGCGGGUGGGUGUGGUUUGAACUUGAUAGGUGCGAAUCGACUGGUUUUGUUCGAUCCCGACUGGAACCCGGCAGCCGACCAGCAAGCCUUAGCGCGUGUCUGGCGUGACGGUCAGAAGAAGGACUGUUUCGUCUACCGCUUUAUCGCUACUGGCUCAAUCGAAGAGAAGAUAUUCCAGCGUCAAUCACACAAACAAUUACUUUCUUCGUGCGUGGUGGACUCCGCCGAGGACGUCGAGCGACACUUUUCUCUGGAAUCACUUCGCGAGCUGUUCCAAUUCAAACCGGAUACUAAGAGUGAUACGCACGAUACCUUCAAGUGCAAGCGCUGUCGGCCCGAUGGGACACAAUACAUCAAAGCCGCUGCCAUGCUGUACGGUGACACCAGUACUUGGAACCAUUUUGUGAACGAUGGAGAGACUGGGCACCUCAGCAAGAUUCAGGACUUGCUGAUCCGACAGGAAACUGGGGAAAGAGAUGUCUCUGCGGUUUUCCAAUAUAUCAGUCAUUGAUAGACAGCGACCACGAUUUUAUCUUGUCAUGUCUUAGCGCGCAUUAAACAAGCCUCUCAAAUGUAUGAUUUAAUGCCAUUACACUAAU